AUGACAUUAUGCUUUUUGGUCAUCCUAAGCCACCUAGUUAAUUCGGAGGGCGUUUGUGGUGACGGUUGGGACCAAUUUCACGACAAAUACUACGAUAUAUGCUAUAAGUAUUUCACGGAAGGGUUAGCCGACUACCAGACUGUGGUCACAGCGUGUCGGUCAGAAAAUGACUCAUCACUUCCGACCAUUAACUCAAAGUCAGAGCAGGACUUUAUCAACAAAUUAAUUGUCAAAUACAAAAUGAUUGACAGCGUAUGGCUCGACGCGACCAUCAAAGACAGGCACAUUGUUUGGGCGGACAGUACUUACGCUGAAUACGACAACUGGGUCUACGGCCGACCCGUCAACAAUAGCAUAUGCGUUGAAAUGAUCACAGAUAACACUAAUAGCUUGACUACAGCCAACAUGGGCAAAUGGCAAGAUGUAAAUUGCGCAAAGAAAAAUGCGUACAUGUGUAAGCGUGUAGUAAUGUGGUCGGACCAGCGUACCGAGCGUUUAAUCAGGGACAAUCGCCGGAUGAUAGACAAGUGGGUAGCGAGAAUGACCCAAAACGAAGCCGAGUGUCAUUUGCCAGUAGGGUUUAUAUAUGUGCAGUUACCAAACCAGGUCGAACCCAAUGUAUUGUGCCCUAAAUCCACCUGGUCAGAUGUGACGACCGAAUAUGCGAGCAAUGGAGACAAAAACAGCCAUCCGAGUUUCCAUGAUCAAUUUUUAAAGUUUAUGGUCCAGGCGGGUGAGGUACGGCCCCGCAAUCAGGCGUUAUCCGAUAAUCUCAUAUUCAUAACAUCAAUUAUAGCAGGAACUAAAUAUACCCUACAGAACAAUAUAUUGUUUCCGAAGCACAUCAGCGCCGGUACACAACCAAAGCUGACAUCUAUAGCCUGGGAGUGA